CUCCAUCGUCUGUAAGUAAAAACCCUAAAUAACCAAAACGCCCGCCUGAAUCUCCCCACCUCAGUUCUGUCUCUUCGUGGCAAAAACAAAAGUUCAUACACACUGUUUCUCUCUCUAAAACCCUAAUCCUAGAGGGAGAGAGAUGGGCAAGGUGAAGGGUAAGCAUCGUUUGGACAAGUACUACUACCUAGCCAAAGAACACGGCUACCGAUCUCGUGCCGCAUGGAAGCUGCUCCAACUCGAGUCCAAGUUCUCCUUCCUCCGCUCCGCCCAAGGCGUCCUCGACCUCUGCGCGGCCCCCGGUGGCUGGAUGCAGGUCGCCGUCGUGCACGCCCCCGUCGGCGAACUCAUCCUCGGUGUCGACCUCGAUCCCAUCCGCCCCAUCCGCGGCGCCCUCAGUCUCCAAGAGGACAUCACCAAGCCCCAGUGUCGCACCGCCAUCAAGAAGGUCAUGGCCGAGAAGGGUACCCGGGCGUUCGGUUUGGUGCUGCACGACGGCUCCCCCAACGUCGGCGGCGCGUGGGCGCAGGAAGCCACCACUCAGAAUGCGUUGGUCAUCGACUCCUUGAAGCUCGCUACUGAGUUUUUGGCCCCCAAAGGGACCUUCGUUACUAAAGUUUUCAGAUCUCAAGACUAUAGUGCUGUCCUCUACUGUCUUCGACAGCUAUUUGAAAAGGUUGAGGUUGAUAAGCCAUUGGCCAGUCGUUCAGCAUCUGCGGAGAUUUAUGUUAUUGGUUUAAAGUAUAAAGCUCCUGCAAAGAUUGAUCCACGUCUUCUUGAUGUAAAGCAUCUAUUCCAGGGAGGUAAAGAACCCCCAAAGGUGUUGGAUGUACUGAGAGGAACAAAGCAAAAGCGACAUCGUGAUGGGUAUGAAGAUGGAGACACGACUUUGAGGAAGGUGUGUUCAGCUACAGAUUUUGUUUGGAGCGACACACCUCUUGAGAUUCUUGGCUCCGUUGCUUCUAUAAACUUUGAGGAUCCUGCUUGUUUACCCAUAAAAGAUCAUGCUUUAACGACAGAGGAGGUUAAAGCUCUUUGUGAUGAUUUGCGCGUUUUGGGAAAGCAAGACUUCAAGCAUCUUUUAAAGUGGCGUGCGCAUAUAAGAAAGGCACUAUCCCCUUCACAGAAGGCCACUCCUAAAACCACAGAUGUUGAACAUGAGAGUAAGGAUGAUGAAGAUGAGAGAAUACUUAAUGAAAUAGAGGAGCUGACGUAUGCUAUGGAGCGUAAGAAGAAGCGAACAAAGAAACUUCUUGCAAAAAGACAAGCUAAGGAAAAAGCACGAAAGGCUACAGGGAUGCAAGUUGAUGCACUGGAAGAUGGUUAUACUGACCUUGAGUUGUUUUCUCUAUCUACUAUCAAGGGCAAGAAAGGUUUGGUAGCUGUUGAUUCCACUGAAUAUGAUGAUGAAACUGGUGAUUUUAGGGAUAGUGAAAAUGAAGAUGCCUAUGAAGCGAACCGAGUGUAUUCAUCCAGUGACGCUGAUUCUGAUGAAGAACGCAGACGAUAUGAUGAGCAGCUGGAAGAGUUUCUCGAUGAAGCUUAUGAAAGGUUUGUUUCUAAAAGGGAAGGAAGUGCGAAGCAGAGAAAACGUUCAAAACAGGCCUAUUCCAAGGAUAACCAACUUUUAGAGGGUGGUGAUGGUGAUGAUAUAAUUCAUUCUGAUGAAGACUCGGAUAACGAUCAGGGUGAUCGUGAAGCAAAUCCUCUGAUGGUACCCCUUGUUGAGGAAGAGCCAACGCGAGAGGAGAUCACGAAGACGUGGUUUAGUCAAGAUAUAUUUGCUGAAGCAGAUGAACAGGAAGAUACAGGGAAGUAUGACAGUGAAGAUGAAAUGCAGGUGGAUGAUGGACCAGGGAAAGAACUUCCAAUCUCAAACAAAACCAUGAGCAAUGAAAUGCAGGUGGAUGUUCCAGGAGAACAACUCUCAAUCUCGAAGAAGGCCAAGAAAGAUAGAGUACAGCCAAUCCAAACUUCAAAGAAAAAGGACGAUUUUGAGAUAGUUCCUGCUGUGGCUACUGAUUCCAGUGACUCAUCGUCUUCAGAUGAGUCAGAGGACGAAGAUGUUGGUACAAAAGCUGAGAUACUAGCCUACGCAAAGAAGAUGCUGAGGAAAAAACACAGGGAGCAGAUACUGGAUGAUGCCUACAAUAAAUAUAUGUUCCAUGAUGAGGGAUUACCCAAAUGGUUCGCGGAUGAAGAGAAGAAACACCACCAGCCAAUUAAGCCUGUGACUAAAGAGGAGAUUGCAGCUAUGAAAGCUCAAUUCAAAGAAAUUAAUGCUCGCCCUGCAAAGAAGGUUGCAGAAGCCAAAGCCCGGAAGAAGCGUGUUGCUAUGAGAAAGCUAGAGAAGGUUCGCAAGAAGGCAAACACAAUAUCUGACCAGGCAGACAUCAACGAUCGUUCAAAGAGGAAGAUGAUUGACCAGCUUUAUAAGAAGGCGGUGCCCAAAAGGCCUCAAAAAGAAUAUGUGGUGGCAAAGAAAGGGGUUCAGGUCAAGACCGGCAAAGGGAAAGUCCUUGUUGAUCGUCGUAUGAAAAGUGACGCAAGAUCGCGUGGUAUGAGCAAGCAAGGGAAAGGUAGUUCAAAGAAGGGGGGAAAGGCUGCCAAGGGGCAGAGAGGUAAGGGGUCUGCAAAGGCUUCAGGGAAGGAAAAAAAAGGGUACAAAGGAAGAAAGAACAAGCCAUGAUUGAAUGGGUGCGCGGUGUGAGCGGCCAUUUUAAAGACUUAUUGCCAACUCAAUUUUGCCGUAUUAUUGGUUUUUAUACAACUUGUGCAUUGAGGUUCUCUCCUCGGGAGUUUAAUAUAUGAGAUAAUUUGCCUCGGAUUUUUAAGUUGCAUAUUUUACAUUUCACCUUAUGUAUAUUAUUACUCGUGUGAUUUCUGACAGACAUGAUUUUCAUGCAGAGUGACACUAAUAAUGAUACUUGCACUGAAUUGUUGCA